CUUUGACCAGCCUAUGUCAUUUUACAGGUAUUUGGUGGUGGCCUGGCCUCUGUGGUACCGCUUCAAGCGAACCAUUAAGCUCUCUGUGCUGGUGUCCAUUGGGACAUGGACACUGAGUUUCAUGGACUUGUUUAUAAGACUGUUGACUUUAAACUCAUAUGGAUCUCGUAUUAUUCACUCCACCCUGCUCCUCCUUCCCUUCCCCCUUCUCAUUUUCUUUUUGGCUGGGACCCUUAAAGCCUUGUGUACUGCCAUUUCAGUGCCUCUGACUGAAAAACGGCAAAUUGUUGGAACUUUAGUUCUGGUGCUGAUUAACUACACGGUGCUUUUCUUGCCCUGGAUUAUUUGGAUCACGGGAGUUUCCUACAGAUAUGUAGCACUUUACAAUGUCAGGGAUGCAGGUUUAUACUUAUCAUUCCUGCAGUUCAGUCCUCUAGCAGAUCUAAUUCUGUACGUCUUCAUGAGGAAAGGAGCUAUUGAUAAGCUGCUGGCUCGUUUAUGUUUUUGCAGGAUGACAGAGGAACAACAAGGUCAGGUCACUGUGAGGAAUGGAGAAACCACAGAGGAGGUCAGCUCAGUCUAGAGAGCAGAGGAGAAAAAAUAUAAAUGAUUAAUAGCUGAUGUUGGAGUUAAAUCUUCUGGAUGUGUUUCUUUAAUUCUGUAAUCAUUUAAAACAAUUUUUGAUUGUUUAAUUAGGGUCAUGUUUUUUAUUUAUUGUAAAUGACCUCCAGGGCUCAUCUACAGUACCUUCACCUUGGCCCACACUUUUGGAAGCACUGGCAUAAGGACAU